CCCUAUACCAUUCCAUAAUUGUGGCAUCCACUCAAAGUUAAAACCACAAAAAUCACACUCCUUAAUUAUCCCGUCAAUUCCUCCCUUUGAGAAGAAAAGAGAGGCCAAAUGGAGUUUAAGGGAUCCGUUUUUAUUAAGCUUCUGCUGCUGCUACACUUCUUCUCGGUUCUAUGUGCUUCUCAGGACUUUGAUUUCUUCUACUUUGUUCAGCAGUGGCCAGGAUCAUAUUGUGACACACAGAAGAGUUGUUGCUACCCCACAAAAGGGAAGCCUGCUGCAGAUUUUGGCAUUCAUGGUCUGUGGCCUAAUUACAAUGAUGGCAAAUACCCAUCUAACUGUGAUCCUAACAACCCUUUCGAUCCAUCUGGGAUUUCUGAUCUCACUAGUAGUUUAGAAAGUAAUUGGCCCACACUGGCAUGCCCAAGUGGGGAUGGGAUAGAAUUCUGGACCCAUGAAUGGGACAAACAUGGCACUUGUUCAGAGUCAGUCCUUAAGCAACACGAUUAUUUUGAAGCAGCUCUCAACCUUAAACAAAAAGCCAACCUCCUCCAAGCUCUUACAAGUGCAGGGAUACAAGCAGAUGGACAAUCCUACAGCUUGAGCGAAAUCAAAGGGGCUAUAGAGGGUGCAAUUGGGUUUACUCCAUUCAUUGAGUGCAAUGUGGACUCAUCAGGAAACAGCCAGCUAUACCAAGUUUACUUGUGUGUGAACACUUCUGGGUCAGACUUCAUUGAAUGCCCUGUGUUCCCUAGGGGCAAAUGUGGCUCAGACAUUGAGUUCCCAUCUUUUUAGUUUCUAAGACAAUGUUUAUACCAAGUUAAUAAUUUACUGAUAUUUGAAUGUGUGAUGUUGUUGUCCUUUUCAUAUCCAAUAGUAGUGAUCAACUGAAAGUGCUUAAUUCAAUAAAAUGGUGUAUACAAUUAUAGCCAACAGUUGUGCAA